GAUUUAAAUUCAAUCUCACGUCUUGAUAAGUGUCUAGUAUAGUAAAGAGUAAACUUCUUGAAAUUGUUGGCCAGAUAUUCUUUUGCAUCUCGUUCUUUACUUGAACAAAACUUUGAAGAGCCAUCAAUCUCUUAUUCUCGUCAAGUUCCUCUGCCACAGCAACUCAUUAUCCGCACCGAGCUUCUCAUCGUUGUCAACUAUUCAUGCUCUGCGACAAAACUCACCUAUUUAUUGGUUUGUCAUUUUCCGCAGCCAGUACAACUCUCCUCGAAGAAUCGAAUCACCAUUGAAAUUUCUGAAAAUGGCUCCUGUCUCUACCCACGUCUUAUCCGAUCGAAGUGAGACGACAUUUCAUCCAUUCCCACGGCUACCAUUAGAAAUUCGACGGCUGAUUUGGAGAGCUGCACUUCCUGGACCAAGAAAUGUGGUUCUGAAACGUUUUCGCCUGAAGCACCCCGAGUAUCCCACUGUUCAGCCACAAUUUAGCAGCAGACUCAAUUUAUUUCGCCAUGGUGGAAGAUCAGUCGUAGGACUUGCGCCUGUAAACUCAAACCCAGCAAUCUUCUACACUUGCAGAGAAUCGUUGGAGGUUGCUUCUGAGACCUACACGCUUACUUUUGGAUCGUUGGGAGUUAAACCACGAACAUGGUUCGAUUACAACAUUGAUUCGCUUCAUGUUGACGUUACAUUCCUGUUGCCACGCGCAUUCUGCAGUGAGUAUCUUCUCAGCAGGCUUAAAUUUUGGCCCAGAUCUUUUAUUUCAAGGCCCGAAAUUAGUGGUCUAGACAAUGUCGUCGAUAUGGUUUACGUGGUACCAGGUGCAGACGGCAUUUAUCGUCCAAUUUUGUCUUGAAGUCAACUAAAUAGGAAAACCCUCAGAACUCGAACUCCAUUUACUACCUCCAAUUGCACCUUCUACAGAUGAAAUGAUACCACCAUAGUUGGUUUCAGUCACAAACUAUAUUAUGUCAAAUCCGCGGCAUCCAAAAUGAGGUCGGCGCUCACAUUUCAGAAUUAACAUAUCGAAAGUUUGCUAUAGAUUAUAUCUAUCUCGAAAUUGACUGGUUUCAAUGGCUUGGUACGGAAACAUUGGGCCAACGCCAAUGUAAGGAUACCGCGGGAUUGAAGCAUCUAGCAUCUGGGCUCUCAGGGCAUAUUCGGAAUCAUAAGUUACAGAAGAACAUUGAGCUUUCAUGGGGGCGUAGCUGAAUUGAACAGAAAAUACAACUUCAACUAGCUUUGAAAGAUGUUACCGUAUGCUUCUGAUUUUACUCUCCAUUGACCAGUACCUCUUCCUACGUGGCACACAAUACAUAUCGUCACAUGUAUAGUCUGAAAUCA